AUGAAUUGUAAGGAGCAUAUUCUUCCAGAGCUAGAGCUGGCAACGGGUCAGGUGCGAGAGGCCCUCCAAUGCAUCCUUCACACCAUUCUGUUCAUUCGGUCUCCCGGACCCGUUACGCCUCAAGACAUUGACCUGGAAGGCUUUGACUUUACGUACACUCGGAUUGCCAAUGAGAUGAAGAUUGAAAAGCGUGUGGAUGAUGCUAUCGAGUCGUUCUUAAGAAGUCUCUCUCAAAUUGGACCCGAGCUCUUGAAUGGAUGCUUGACAUUGAGUUUCUUUGAACGAAGUGCUUCGAGGCAGUUGUUUGGAUUGGUGAAGCAUGAGGAAAGAGUCAUAUUUGAGCAGUGGAUUCUCAGAGUAGUCGUUAACAAUACGCCACGGCCGAUCAGCAAUGAUUCAGCUGCAGUGAUUGAGCGCCAGAGAUUGCAGGACACAGCGGAAGGAAUGCUGCGCAGUGUAUUGCAAAAGGUUUUUGAGAAUGCAGGAGGUCCAAUCGAUCAUGUGCCUCCAUGUAUGUACGAAUUCGAAAUACAUUGUUCCAAACGAAUGGACGACCGAGAGAAUGCAGCAACUCGCUUUGCCAACAUGCCAUCUCUGAUCAAUCUUGGAAACUAA